AUGCCGUACCGUCCAGAAGCUGAGCUGAAAAGGCCUGAUUUGAAAGGAGAAUUUCUUUGUGGCCACUGUGGCAAAACAUUUUGUCACGCGGCUUCAUUGAAUCGUCAUCGUUUGAAUUUUCAUGGCGAUGAUCAACAGUGCCUUUUGUGUAUGCAACAAAUCCCGCCCAACGACACCGUUCGCCGACACAUGUCAGUUCAUCAUGGAAUCGCUCGCGUCUUCACGUGCGGUUGCUGCAAUUGGACGUUUCCCGACAAAAAAGAGCUGCAUUCGCAUAAUAAUAGUAUGCUAAAGACGGGCAAGCCAGGAGAAGCGAAAGCGAUUGCGAUCAGCAGUCGACCACCAGGCUCUCUAUCUCAACACGAAUUAAAGGGAGAGGAACGAACCCCUUCUCAAAAGAUGAAGAAAAAACAAUCCAAAGUUGUGGAAAAAUCAAAUCCUGUUGUCGAUAUCCUUUCUAUGAUAUCGUCGUCAUCAAAUUCAGCAACAAUGGUUCCAGGAACUCAAAUUCCAGCCAGUUGGCUAUCAACGUUGUUCCUCACAAACCCCAGUUUUCUUCCGCUCCUGCAACAACAACAACAGAAUUCACAAACCGAUGAAGAACAUAGUUUAGAAGACAAAACGAAAUUUGAGCAAAUAUCACCGUCGUCUUCUUCGUUGAACGAAAGAGCGUCAACUUCCAUGACUUCGGCAUCGGUCAACAGUGUUACUUCUUCUGUAUUCCAGAACAACAAUUUCAAUUCACGAGAAGAUGAUGAAACACUUAGUGAAUAUGGAAUCAAGAACGAAAUUGAUGACGAUGAUCACAUUCUGAUGGCGAAAAACUUUGCUCGCGAUCUUCUAAUUGUGAAAACUGAGCCAUCAGAAUCAUCAAGCAGUGGACCAGAGUCCGGAAUCGGGUCAUCUGGAGAUGAUGCUUGUACGCCUUCUCCACUAUCUGUACACUCAAAGGAAGGGUCACCCGACUCUAUUGACGACCACGAGGCGCAGAAAUCAAACUCUCCUCUAGACGUUGCUAACAUUCUCUCAAAAAGUCGCAAGCGAAAAUCUGUCGACGCCAUCGCUUCGCUUCUCUUCAAGAAGAAGUGCAUGAUGAAGUAA